UUCUUCUGAUCUGAACCACUAUAUUUAAUAUCCUCUCUCAAUCAAUGCAUACAUACAAGUAGUAACCAAAUACAUGCCCACCACCUACAACUCAUUCAUCAACACAACCAAAACACCACAUUAGUAUAGUCCUUUUCUUGCAAUCCCAGUCACAAAGAUAAUCCAAAUUUUCUUGUCUGCUUAACCCUUCCUGUGAUAAUCACAGUCUAUCAUCAUUCAUAAUCCUCACUUUUUGGUUUCUUAAAGUUUCUUUAAGUUCAGUGUUAGUAACUUAUUAGCUUGCUUACCAGAUAUAUAUAUAUAUAUAUACACACAUACACUUCUGCAAGUUUGUGUAUAAGCUAGCAAGAUGGGAGUUGCAGGAACUCUGGAAUUCUUGUCUGAUUUACUUAGCAGUGGCAAGAGAAGCAGGAAGAAGAAGAAGCAGAUGAACACAGUGUCCAUCAAGAUCAGAAUGGAUUGUGAAGGUUGUGUGCGUAAAGUCAAGAAAGUUCUAUCUGGAGUCAAAGGUGCAAAGUCAGUGGAUGUGGACUUGAAGCAGCAGAAGGCAACAGUGACAGGGUUUGUAGAUGCAAAGAAAGUGAUGAAGGCAGCAAAAUCAACAGGGAAGAAGUUUGAGCCAUGGCCAUAUGUGCCCUAUGCAAUGGUGGCCCACCCAUAUGUGGCUGGGGUUUAUGACAAAAAGGCACCCCCUAAUUUUGUGAGGGCCACCAAUGAUCCAGCCAUUGUCAAUUUGAAUCCAGUGGAAGAACAGUUCACUCUUAUGUUCAGUGAUGAAAAUCCAAAUGCAUGUUCCAUCAUGUAGCCACCUAGCUACCUAUAUAUCUAGGUCGUUUCAAUUCAUAUAUGUAAAUUAAAGCCAAAGUUUUAGGGAUUUUCUAUUUGUAUAGUAGCGGGUUUGAAUUUGAAUUUUGAUCUAUCGUAUUGUAAGGUCAUAUAUAUGAAAAUAAU